UCUACUAUCGUAAAAUGUGGGAAACCAAGACAAAAUCAAAAUGGUAAACAAACCGCUAAGCAUGCGAAGAUAAAAUAAGCUGAUUCAUUUUAUUCAGGGAGAGCUGACUCGCAAAUAUAACCAGAACUAAUAUGUCAGUUGGAGCACAAUCUACAUUUCAGUUAGCAAGCAUCGUCAAUGAAGCAUCGAUUUCUCUAGGACAACUACAGUCCUGCUUCUGCUCCCGUGGCACUAACUAUGCAAAAACAAAAAUCAAAAGACAACAACACAAGGGUGCUUCCUCUCAAUUAAAACAAUCCAUCAGUGAAAAUCGUGUUAAUUGUGUAGCGUUUUCGGAGCUCGAUUUCAAAACCUUUCAUCCUAGCUGGUCAGCAUGUACACCCAAUACGAAAUGGAUUGCUUCAACACCAUGUUCAUAUAUUUCCACAAACUCUUUUAUGAAAAAUAAAUAUCUUUAUCCAACAUACCUGCAUCCGAAGACUUCGUUUAGACAAUUACAUAAUCUUCAAGCACGAUUUAACAGCACAUAUCUCUCUCGUAAUCGUGUAAUCUUUCUGGAAGAUAUUGCCAAUCAACAGACAAAUAAUGUACUUGCUCAAGCUGAAUACUUAAAAGCGGUGAUUACGGAAGACCCUGAGUAUGUGGUUCGAAGGUAUGAAAGUGGGCGUUAUGCUAGCAACGAGGAGGUGAAAGAUUUGUACAUGAAAGCAUUGUUACUCACCAACCAACUUUCACCGGCAGAAGCACAAAAAAGGUUUGCAACUGCAAAGAGUAAUGGACAAUUCACAUUAGGAAACUUGUCUAAAUUUAUGUCUAAUACUACUAAUAACAAUGAUGGGCCUGUAGGAACUGAAGAUCAGCCUGUCCAUGUAGUAAUGAAUUCGAGAAAGGGCUCCUUUUUUAAAGAGCAAUUCUGGAAUACUGUUCGAUUUGGUUUAUUAGUUGGUGUUUUGCUUUACGGAUUUACGUAUAUGCAAACGAAGAUGCUGAAUGUGAACCAGAAAGAAAUUUUGCCUGACCAAUCAGAGAAAAAGUUCAAGUUUAGUGACGUUCAAGGCUGCGAUGAAGCUAAACAAGAACUGGAAGAAGUGGUUGAGUUUUUAAGAUGUCCAGAAAAAUUUGAAAGACUGGGAGCACGUCUUCCAGGUGGAGUAUUACUCAUUGGUCCACCCGGAACGGGUAAGACAUUGCUCGCGCGUGCCAUUGCAGGUGAAGCAGACGUCCCGUUCUUUUUUGCAUCCGGUUCAGAAUUUGACGAAAUGUUUGUGGGAGUUGGUGCAGCAAGAGUGAGAAAAUUAUUUGCUGCAGCUAAAGAGCAUGCACCAUGUAUUAUCUUCAUUGAUGAAUUAGAUGCAAUAGGUGGAACUCGAAUUUCCAACGAUCAUCAGCCUUACUCAAGGAUGACAUUGAAUCAACUUUUAGUAGAGUUAGACGGAUUUGAUCAAACUGAAGGUAUCAUUGUGAUUGGAGCAACCAACUUCCCAGAAAUUCUCGACAAAGCUCUGACGAGACCAGGACGGUUUGACAGUAAAGUUCAUGUCACCAUGCCGGAUGUGCGAGGAAGAAAAAGCAUAUUACAACUGUAUCUAAAAAAGAGUUUGUGCGGAAAGGAUGUUGACGCUGAAAUCAUUGCGCGUGGAACUCCAGGAUUUUCAGGUGCUGAUUUGUGCAACCUGGUAAAUCAAGCUGCAUUGCGAGCGGCUUCAACUGAUUCAAAGCUCAUCAAUAUGGAGCACUUCGAAUGGGCCAAAGAUAAAAUAAUUAUGGGUCCUGAACGAAAAAGCGCUGUGAUUGAGGAAAAGAAUCGAACUCUAGUUGCUUAUCAUGAAAGUGGUCAUGCUAUUGUGGCCUUGUUUACACCAGAUGCACAACCAGUACAUAAAGCCACAGUGAUUCCUCGUGGUUCAGCUUUAGGUUACGUUAUGCAGCUCCCUGAAAAGGAUGAACUAAGCUGGUCAAAGAAACAGCUUCUUGCAAAGAUGGACGUAUGUAUGGGUGGUAGAGUUGCUGAGGAAAUGAUUUUUGGCGAGGACUCUAUCACAACAGGUGCUUCAAGUGACAUGCAGCAAGCAACAAAGAUAGCUCGUGCCAUGGUCACACAGUAUGGUAUGAGUGAUAAGGUCGGUACAGUAUUGAUCGAUGAAUCACAAGAGAAAUUAAGUCCGGAGUUGCAGUCGGUUAUUGAGGGUGAAGUAAAAAGGCUAAUACAGGAAGCCUACUUGCGAGCGAAGAACAUUUUACACAAACGAUCCAAGGAGCACAAGAGGCUUGCCGAAGCCCUGUUAAAAUACGAAUCCCUAGACGCUAACGAGCUUCAAAAAGUCAUAAGUGGACAACCACUUGAAAGCAAAUGAGACAUGUUUCAUAGAUGUUCACAAAUGCUGGAGGGAGUGCUUGACUUUUCUUUUUGUUUUUCGUUUUCUCCUUCGUUUUUUAGCAAUCAAAAUAUCAAAAAUGCGUGGCAAAAUCAAUAUGUUUAUGUUGUCGUGUAACAGUGCAUGAAAUGCUAGCGUCGUGCUACGGAACACACCAAUCGGUAUUGUACAUCGUGGCGAACACGAUUAGAAUUCUUUUCGUGGUUUGAAAAAGGUUUGAUAUGCAGCCAUUAGGAAGCUGUUAAUAAGACUUUGGUUCUUUCUAAUCAGAACAAUCAAAAUAUCUCACAUUCCUUAUUAAUAAUCCUGCGCCUAAUGGAAAAUUAAAGUUUAUAUAUCAGGAAAUUUAACGUCUUUAUCUAGAUGAGGCGGUUGUAAUGGAUAUUAAGCUUCAAAUAUUCUCUAACGCUGUAA